AUGCGAGCUCUGGUGGAGGUUACGCGUCCUCUGGCGGAGGUUAUGCGUCAUCCGGCGGAAGCGCUCCUAGCGGAGGUGGCUCUUAUGGAGGCGGUCAGAGUGGAGGUGGCUCUUAUGGAGGCGGUCAGAGUGGAGGUGGCUCUUAUGGAGGCGGUCAGAGUGGAGGUGGCUCUUAUGGAGGUGGAGGUCAAGGAGUACAAGGAGGAGGACAAACUGGAUACAACGGCCCGGUUGGAGGCGGUCCCACUCAAGGAGGCGGACCCUACAAUGACGGAGGUCAAGGCGGCCAAGGCGGUCAAGGCGGAAACUACGGUGGAGGUCAACAGGGUCAAGUAG